AUGCUUCGGGAUGCGGAGAGUGCCCUGAUCGAGGAUGAGGGCGUACUUCAAGAGGCUGGGGAGGAUUCCCAGUCCAGCUCCUUCGAUAGAUUCGUCGACGAUCACUUCGGGGACGGGGGCGAGCUUGCCGACGGCGUCAAUUUGGGAGACCUGCUGGGAGAGAUAGAGCAGUACAGGCCGAAGAAGCGCAAGAACAAGACCCAUCGCCACCCUUGGGACACGGACAACCGGACCGCCGCCCUGAACGUGAUCAUCCCACUCUUGCAGGAGGAUUUCAAGGUGAAGACAAAUGAUUUAAAGGCGGCGCUUCGAAACUUCAAGGCGCACCAGAAAGAGCUCGAUUUCGCGAAGAAGGAGGCCACCCUUGCCAUGAAGGAUCUGCGCAAGGAGGCGGAGAGGCGACGGAAGGUCAUAUUGGAGAGGAAGAAGUUGAAGGAGGACGAGCGCAUGGCGGUCGUAACUGCCAAGCGCCUUGCCAGGGAGGCUAUGAUCAAGAAGGCGCAGACCCUGAUGUCCGCGCAUGGACAUUCUGGAGAGUUUGAUAAUCUGAUGGGCGACUACACCCUUGGCUUGAUGUUGGAUGUGCUCAUGGCUCUCCCCAAGGCUGUGGAUAAUCCGCUGUUCAACAAGCGCCUCGGCAAGGCAAAGAUUGAUAUCGCGAACUCCGUCCAGGACUUCCUAAACAUCACCCGCCGCAAGACCACGAAGUUCGUGACGGCCAGCAGCAGGGCAUCGGACGUGGAGUUGGCGUUCCUGAUGACACGGUACUUCCACGAGGCCUCCUUCCGCGUUAGGUCGAUGGUGUCCGAUGCGGAGAAGACCGCCAGGGACAUCAACGUCGUCAUGCCAAAGGAGUUGCGCGUAGCUUUCUUCCCUGUCAUCCGCCAGAUGCGCGCCCAGGCGAUUCCACUGAGAAUGAACGCCAGCACCCUGGCUUCUGCUGAUCAGGCGACCGCAUGCGCUCAGAUCUCUGGGCUCAUGUCCAACAUCACAACUUACAACGUCAGGCUGUCCAGCAUGCACACUUCUUUCCACGAGGUCUGGCAGCUGUCCGAGCUGAUGCUCCCACAUAUGAGCAAGAUCUACCCCAUCACCCCCCAGGUCAUCGACAUGGUCAAGGACUUCAUGUCCCUCGCCACGACACAGGUCGCCGCGCUGCAGGAGGCCGCCGACGACAUCGUGACGCAGGUCGGCCCGGUCAUCAGCGAGCGCAUGCAGUGCACGUGGAGCGCGGCGAACCGGCGCCUCGGCGCCGGGCUGCUGGCUGGGCUCGCGGCCCUGCUCGCGCACGCCCUCGCGUGA